GGUUUUGCGCUAGGGAAAGAGAGGCCGCAAGGUAUAUUCAGGGGAAGCCCGAAAUUCCGCUUCCUCCUCCGCAGCAGCCAUCUUGGAUUUCUCCCCGGGAAGGUUCAGGGGAGUCUGUGGCCGUCGGAGGCGAUGAAGCCCGUUCCGGUUGUAGCGCGGUACCUCUCGAGGAGGCUUUAUUCUCUCAAGGCUGCGCCUAAAGCCGAAGCCCCCAGAGGAGCAGACCGGGCAACACAGCUGCACCCCCAGGAUCUUGAGAUUGCAAAACUACCAAAUGGCUUAGUGAUUGCUUCUCUGGAAAACUAUUCUCCAGUUUCAAGGAUUGGUGUCUUCAUCAGAGCAGGCAGCAGGUAUGAGAGCACCGCCAAUCUGGGGACCGCUCACCUGCUGCGUCUGUCAUCUAACCUGACUACAAAAGGAGCUUCUGCCUUUAGAAUCACCCGCGGCAUCGAAGCUGUUGGUGGUAGCCUAAGUGUGACUUCUACUAGAGAGAGCAUGGUUUAUUCCGUUGAAUGCCUGCGUGACUACAUCGAUACUGUAUUGGAAUAUUUAAUAAACGUCACAACAGCUCCAGAAUUCAGGUCCUGGGAAGUAGCUGAUGCCAAUCUCCGUUUAGGAAUUGAUAAGGCAAUUGCCUUUCAGAACCCUCAAGUUGGUAUUCUUGAAAACUUGCACGCAGCAGCUUAUCGGAAUGCCCUUGCCAAUUCCUUAUACUGUCCGGACUACAUGAUUGGGAAGAUUACAUCAGAACAACUGCACCACUUCGUACAGAACAACUUCACAAGUGCCAGAAUGGCUCUGGUGGGGCUCGGUGUCAGCCAUCCUGACCUAAAGCAAAUUGGAGAGCAGUUUCUCAACAUCCGCAGCGGAGUUGGCUCAGCUGGUGAGAAGGCCAAGUAUCGUGGAGGUGAACUCCGAGAACAGAACGGCCACAGCCUCGUCCAUGCUGCAGUCGUAGCCGAAGGAGCCGCCACAGGAAGUGCAGAAGCAAAUGCAUUCAGCAUCCUUCAGCAUGUUCUUGGGGCAGGACCUCUUAUCAAGAGAGGAGACAGCAUCACUAGCAAGCUCAUCCAAGGUGUUGCAAAGGCAACUUCCCUACCAUUUGAUGCAGCAGCAUUUAAUGUGAACUACACUGAUUCUGGUCUCUUUGGCAUUUAUACCAUAUCCCAGGCUUCAGUUGCUGGGGAGGUAAUCAAAGCUGCUUUGAACCAAGUGAAGGCAAUUUCCCAAGGUGGAGUCACUGAUGCAGAAGUCACAAGAGCUAAAAACCAGCUGAAGGCAGCUCACUUGAUGUCUGUUGAGUCUUCAGAAGGCUUGCUUGAUGAAAUUGGCUCGCAGGCCCUGGCAUCUGGGACGUAUACAUCACCAACUGCUGCAGUUGAAAAGAUUGAUUCUGUGGCCACCACUGACAUCGUGAAUGCUGCGAAGAAGUUUGUUAGUGGGAAGAAGUCGAUGACAGCUAGUGGUGAUUUGGCAGCUACCCCUUUUGUUGAUGAGUUGUAAGAAGUGAAACAUGAGGCACAGUCUCAAAUGGACACUGCUCCAAGGCAGUUGCAUUGAUUGCCAUUCUCGUCCUGUAUUAUUUAUGGGUUCCUAAUGCUUUGGAGCUGUACGUUACUUUCGAUGCACAUAAACUAAAUAAAGGGCAGAGCUCAUACUCUUAACAGAAUUCCCAGUAA